UCGUUCAAUUGCUAAUGGCGCGCGCGUUAUUUUAUUUCUAAAUCUAACCUAAAAAUAUUUUUAAUUUGAAUCUAUUUCGUGCUAUCUAAAUCUAUUUAGAGAAACGUACAUAGUAUUAUUUUAAAUUCAUAAUAAAAUUGGAAGUUAUCACCAUGUCUGCUGAUAAUAUAGAGAAGUUGUACCAGAAUUACGGAAUAUUGGCCGACGCCAAAGAUGACAUAGCGAAGCAUGAAAAGGAAUACUUGGAGAUAUUAGCUGCGGUUAAGGGCUCAGAUAAAGAGAAACGUUUGGCGUCACAGUUCAUUGCUAAAUUCUUCAACAGCUUUCCCAAUCUUGCGGAACAAGCUCUAGAAGCCCAAUUUGACCUCUGCGAAGAUGAUGAUGUGGCGAUUAGGAAACAAGCUAUAAAAGAUUUACCAUCCCUAUGUAAGGACCAUAAAGAACAUACUCAACGUAUUUCUGAUAUACUUGCACAACUGCUGCAGUCGGAAGAUGCCACAGAAAUCACCAUGGUCACAAAUUCCCUACUCGGUAUCCUAAAAAGUGACCCUAAAGGAACUCUGACUGGGCUAUUUUCUCAAAUACACCAAAGCACUGACAAUGAAGUAGUAAGAGAGAGAUGUAUCAAGUUUUUGGCCACAAAAGUUAAGCAAGUAGGGAGAGAAGUCAUCAACAAGGAAGCUGAAGAUCUUAUUAUUGCUGAGUGUAAGAAAAUUUUGGAGGAUGUAGUUGCGGAAGAAUUUGAGCACAUAAUGGACUUGCUGACUUGGUCCAGACUGGGCAAGACUCCUGCGGGCAAGAAGGAGCUAGUACAGCUGGUGGGGGCCAUAGCAUUCUCCCCCGAUGACUGGCAGCCCGAGGACCCCGAGUAUGUGGACCGAAUACUGCAGUGCUCCAUGUACGCCCUGCCUUUGUUCUCCGCCCAGGUAGAGUCAACGCAGUUUGUAAACUUCUUCUGUGAGCAUGUUCUUCCUCGCUGGAAAGACAUUGCGUCCCCGGAGGGCAGUGCUGACUGUAAACUGGAACUGCUGAAAAUAUUUGCUGAAGUUUCUGAACAUUGUGGGGAGCUUGAGAAGGCGCAAGAGAAGAUUGACACAGUUUAUGACUUACUAAUGACCUACCUGCCAGAGGCCCCGAUAGUGACUGAAGAAGUGAAGAAAGCUGAGGAGUCAGAGGAAGCCAAGCCCGAUGAAUCGAAAGCGACACCAUCGCUGCAGUUCUCUCACGUAGAGUGUGCGUUGUUUGCCCUCCACUCGCUGUGCAGGAAGGUUCCAGAAGCCCUGGCGGCAGAUAGCGCGAGGCUGAAGGCGCUCCGCAUCCGGCUCCAGUACACUGCUAGCCUCACUCAAGGAUAUAUUAAGAAGUUGAAGGAAGUGACCCAGGGUAAGAAAGGUGACAAUGCCAACUCAGAAGAGAAUAAAUUGAAGGUUGCAGCGUUGAAAACAACUUCCAACAUUAACACUCUGAUUAGAGACAUAUUCAGGACACCCCCCAGCUUCAAGAGCAAAGUGGAACUCUCAUUCCAAGUGAAAAGGGCUGAAAUCAAGGAAAAGCCAUCUCCAAAAUCCGAAGAGAAAGAGAGCCAAGUAGCCGGUCAGAAGCGCCACCAGCCCAUCAAAUUCGACAACGGAGAAGAGAAGUCAUCGCCUGAGAAACGCGCGCGCCCUGGAGACAAGAACGUAAAGAUGUACACGCCUCCUUCUGGCAAGUAUAGCUCGAGGCUGACGGGCAACGGAAACACAGGUGGCGGCGGUGGUGCACGGUACUCCGGAAAUGGUGGCCGAUACCGCGGUGGCGGCGGAUACAGACGAGGAAACGCCCCAUUCAAAAGGCGAAACAACUACUAAAUAUGACAAAGCAGACAACCAGACAAAUGGCAAAGACAGCUAAGACCCUGACAAAGCCCGAGUAUGCCCUAAAGAUAUUUAAAUGACUACACAGACAUCACACGAUUUAAGCUAGUGGUGAUGAUGCUUGAUGGGCUGAAGGGCAUCUUAUUCAAAUAUUAUUUCCCAAUCCAAACCAUCCUAUCCCAAAUCCUUGUAAUUGUUGUUAUUAUAUCUUCUGUUCCUUGUUGAUUUCGGUCGGUCGUAAUCUGAUGCUGAGGAAGGUCAACGUUGUGUUUUUUUUUUUCGUUACAGUCUCGAAGUUUUGUGUUUCUUUUACAGUAUGUCGGAACGGACUGAGUUUUCCUGUGCAACAUGGUAAGAUAUAUACCUAAGGUUUUGUUUAAUUUACAAUACUGUAAAUAUACUUUUAGAAAGUAUCCAUAGUCAUAUAUUUAGAAUUAAUGCAUAUAAUUGCAGGAUGAUUUUAUAUGAACCUAGGUUAGGAAUAUUCGUAGCUGAUAUUUUCAUGAUGGUGCAGAAGGUCCUGUAGAUUUCUCGCAGUGAUCCACGACGAGUAAGUAAUAUAUCUCUAGGAUAUAAUAAUAGUACAAGUCAAGAGGAAGAUUCAAAGGCUGCACAUCUCCCAAUAGGUAAGCAAUAUUAUUUAGAUAUUUCAACUUGCUCCUGAUUUGCAUCAUCUAAAGGCAGCGCAUUUAAGUUCGUGUUUCAGAUAUGGCAGAUAUCAACAUUAAAAUCUCGUAUUCCAUUGUGUGACUUUCUCUUCAAUAAACAUUAAUAAUUCUUA